AUGGGUGCAUCUUGUUGCGGGUCUAAGCCUGAGCAUGUUAGUGCCAGCUUGGAAGAUCAUGACCAUGCGCAUACCGAUCAUGGCACUGAAACUCCUACAGUUGAGCACGGCGAUUCUCAUCAGCAUGUUCAUGUUCACGGUCAUGGUCAUGCUGACAGUGACAACCACGGUCACGAACAUGGAGGAUGCUGCGACAACCACUCUGAUGCCUCUAGUAUCACCUCUCAGGCUUCGACUUGCUGUGGUAGCGAGGAACACUGCAGUGAGAAAUGCAUCUAUGCCAUUGCUGCCCUCGAGUGCAAGAAAGCCUGUGACGACGAUCCAGGCCACGAAGGCUCACAAGAUCAACCCCACGAACACGACCACGGCCUUCACAAGACCGACACAGCCUGCGGUACCCAUCUCGAAGCUGCUUUCAACCAGUACAGCAGCUACCUCGAACAAAUUCGCUGCAUCUGCCGAAGCGCCAUCGAACAGGGGAUGACGUCCCUCGAAACAUGCUGCAUGAGCACCCGAACGACCUCAAACAAGAAGCAUCGAAACAGGCAUGGCAAGAAGAAGGCUGCACCUGUUAUACCAGCGUUCAAACCCUCUGGAACGGGGGGCAAGCAAGUCGACAUUGAAAACGCUGCAAAUCUUGAGACGAUUGGGUUUCUUGUUAGUGGUAUGGAUUGCACCUCGUGCGCAGACAAGUUGCUCCGCAUCUUUGGCAGUAUGACUGGCGUUUCCAACGCUCAAGUCAACUUCGUCAUGGGCAAAGGAGAGUUUGACGUCGAUGUAUCUAUCACCAAUGCUGAGGAGGUUCUGAGCUUUGUGUCUGGGGCAAGCGGCUUCAUGCUCAGCAAGAUCAUCGGCGGGAAUUACUACCUCGAUGUCUUGGCUACAACUUCACAAAGCAAGGAGCUUAUCGACAAUCCGCCUCAGGGUGUGACCGAUGUGCAGUCGCUUGACAAGAAGACAGUUCGUCUGUCAUAUGAGCCGACGACCAUCGGAGCUCGAGAUCUGCUGGAGUCGAUAAAAGACAGGUGUAAUGGUCUGGCUGAACCCCGUGGAGAUCCUCAACUCGAAAAUAGCCGCCGUCGUCUAUGGGAUCAACUCACAAAGACCCUCCUUGCUGCUGCCCUCACCAUCCCCGUGGCAGUAGUCUCAUGGAGCGAGAACCUAGUUGACAAGAAAACCGAGGGAAUUGUCUCGCUGAUCCUCGGUACACUCGUUCAGUGCAUCGCCAUCCCCGAGUUCUACCGCCCUGCUAUUUCCGCUGUUUGGUACAGUCGAACAGUCGAGAUGGACAUGCUUGUCGUCAUCAGCAUCACCGCUGCUUACGUCUACUCCGUCGUUGCAUUCAGUUUCGAAAUGGCAGGUAAACCUCUUGAAGAGGGUCAGUUCUUCGAGACCAGCACUAUGCUCAUCACGCUCAUCCUCGUUGGUCGCCUCAUCGCUGCUUUUGCUCGGGUCCAGGCUGUUUCGGCUGUAUCUCUCCGAUCCAAGCAGAACAAUAUUGCAGUACUCGUCGACAAGGAAGGUGAUCGUGAUAUUGACGCUCGUAUUCUUCAGUACGGAGAUAUCUUCAAGGUUCUGCCUCACUCGAGAGUUCCUACUGAUGGUAUCGUCCUCUCUGGCAAGACUGAGGUAGAUGAGUCUAUGCUUACCGGGGAAACACUUCCUAUUGUCAAGCAGAAGGGCAGUGACUUGAUUGCGGGUACUGUUAAUGGAGAUGGUACUGUUACUGUUCAGUUGACGCGUCUUCCUGGGAAGAACACGGUCACGGACAUUGCGCAGCUCGUUGAGGAAGCAGCCAAGUCGAGACCUGAGAUUCAAGACCUCGCUAACAAAGUCGCCGGUUGGUUUGUCCCUGCCAUGGCUACUGUGGCUAUUCUUGUUCUUGUCAUCUGGGUCGCUUGCGGUAUGGAGGUCCUUGACUACGACGCCGGGAAGAGCGUUGGUAAUGCCAUCACCUAUGCAGUAGCUACUCUAGCAGUUGCAUGUCCCUGCGCUCUUGGCCUUGCAGUUCCCAUGGUUCUCGUCGUUGCUGGUGGUAUCGCUGCUCGAGGUGGUGUCAUCAUUAAAUCGGCUGAUACAACCGAAGGAGCUCGCAAGACGACCGAUGUUGUCUUUGAUAAGACUGGUACGAUCACUGAGGCCGAGCUCGCUGUGACUGAGCAGGUGAGCCUAAACGGAGACAUGGCAAGUAACCUCGCUUUGGCUAAGGCUCUUGUCUCUGGUGGCAAGCAUCCUGUCUCGACUGCCGUUGAGAAGCAUCUAGAAGGACAGUCCAUCAAGGCUAUCCCCGAGGUGGUCAAUGUUCAAGUCGUCCCAGGUGCUGGAGUUGAGGCAGACUACCUCGACUCAACCCUCAGAGCUGGAAAUGCUCGAUGGACUGGAGCUGAUAAGCUGGACGACGUGUCGCGCCUUCAGCAUGGUGGUCUCACAACUCUUGUCAUUACUCGCGAUUCUGUUCCUCUCAUUGUCUUUGGCCUCUCAGCUCAGAUCCGCCCCGAAGCAUUGCGAGUUAUUUCUGAGCUCAACUCACGCAACAUUAAUGUUCAUCUCGUUUCCGGAGAUCAGAUCAAGGCUGUCCAAGCUGUUGCAGCAUCCGUUGGUAUUCCAGCUGAGAAUGUUGUUGGUGAGCGUACGCCGCCUGAGAAGAGAGAUUACGUCGCUUCUUUGAUGGAACAUGGCAAGCGAGUCCUCUUCUGCGGUGACGGCACAAACGAUGCUAUUGCUGUCGCUCAAGCUAAUGUUGGCGCUCAGAUGGGAGGUGGUCUGACAAGCAGCGAUGUGACCCAGGGCGCAGCAGAUGUCGUGCUUCUGAACGGCCUUGAAGGCAUCCCCUUUCUUCUUGAUAUCAGCAAAGUCUCGUUCCAACGCAUGUACUUCAACUUUGUCUGGUCUGCGGUCUACAAUAUCCUGGCGAUCACCAUGGCUAGCGGUGCUUGGGUUGAGUUCCGGAUUCCUCCAAGGUACGCUGGGUUGGGAGAGAUGGUCAGCGUUAUGCCUGUGAUUCUUGCAGCGAACUCUAUGUUCUUUGCUGGGUAUUAUAAGUUGAAGGGAUGA